UUCGCCAUAUUAAAUAUGCUAAAACCGCAGCGCCACCACCGGCCGGCAGAGGAACUAACCCCCUCAUCGUCACCCUAUAUAAACGGCCGCGCAACCACCCUGUGCCGUGGUCUGCAAGUGUCGGUCGGUCGUUUGUUGUACUCCUGGUUCUGUGGAAAGAAAGCAGUGACAGCCAUGAAAACUCAAGUUAUUUUCGCGCAGUGUGCCUUGACUCUCCUUUCUAUUUUGGCAUCACAGAAGGUGGAUGCUGCAGUGUCCUGUGCUACAGCGGGAGGCAUGUGUAUUGACGUGGACUCCAUAGAAAUGGAAGGAUGCGUGAGCGUCGAGGGAAAGUGUAGGAAAAACCAGGAGUGCUGCCUGGACUUAACCAGAGGAGGAAACAAUGACAGACAAUGCAACAGAGCCGGAGGAAAAUGCAAGAGGAAGAGCGACUGUAAUCGAAAUGAUAUCUUGGACGAGCCGUGCAGUGGAAAUGAAGUGUGUUGUGACGACAGCAGUGAUUGUAAUACAGAUCGAGAAUGUAGCAGGGAAGGUGGUCGGUGCAAGAGAAGUUGCUCAAACGACGAGAAGAAAAUUCGAGAUGGCUGCAAAGGCAGUAACUGUGUCUGUUGCGUCAGCGAGUGCGAACCUAAAUCAUCCUGUUCUAGGGAAGGGGGUCACUGCGUUAGUAACAAGAAACGGUGUGAUGGACGUAUUCUAAACAAUGGUUGCAGUGGGAAUGGUUGUUAUUGUUGUAUUUCAGAUUCAACGGGUUCUACCUCAUCAAGUUCCACACCCUCGUCAACAAGCUCAUCCACGCCUUCCUCCACAAGUUCUUCAACGCCUUCUUCCACAAGCUCGUCAACACCUUCCUCCACGAGCUCGUCAACGCCGUCGUCCACCAGCUCAUCAACCACUACGGGACGAAAACACUGACUUGACUCUCGAGCUUCAACUGGCCAUUUCCUACCGAAGCAUGUUCUUUUCAGUUCUUUUCGUUAUGAUCACCAUCUGCUUUCUAAAUCCUGCCCUCCCGUGUUAGUGAGUUAUUUUUGAAUCGCUUCUCGUUUAGUUUGUUUUUGUUUUUUUCCUUGCAGAAUUUAAUUAUGGAAAAUAAACGCUUGAUUUGUUGACAAAAAAUAUUAAUAUUGAAUGAAAUAAAUGUUUAGCACCUCACUGGGCCUGCGAUAU